AUGGCUAAUGAUUUUGAUUCUGAUCCUAAAAAGCAGUUUGAUAUUUAUAUACAUGAUUACUUAGUGAAGAAAAAUCUACCUCAUGUUGCUGAAAUCUUUAGAAAGGAAGCAAAGAUGAGUGACCAUUCAAUUCGUAUUGAUACUUCGAAAGUGUUCUUGCUUGACUGGUGGCGUUCUUUCUACGAGUACUUUGGCCCUAAUCUCGAGGGAAUUCGUCAAAUUUUCGUGUGGGAUGUUGGAACUUCAUGCUCGUAUUCUACUUUAACUGGCCAUUUAUCUUUAAUCACCGAUAUUCAAUUUCAACAGAAUUCGAGUAUUUUUGCAUCUUCUUCCUUUGAUGGAACAAUAAAAAUAUGGGAUGCAGCUAGUCCAAAUCAACUUCUGUCUAACCUAUUUGUUGGGCACUCAAAGGCAGUUCAUUCACUAGAUUUCAAAUCCAACAAUACCCUUUUCUCAUGUGACAAUACUAAUCAAAUUACACAGUGGGAUCUCACUCAAUCUACAUCUUAUGUUUCAAAUGUUAUGAGAACUGCAAGCCAUAUUCGAAUCCAACCCAACCAUGGAAAGCUUCUAGCUUUUGCAUCAGGAAAUGAAGUUGGUUUUUUCAACACUGAAACUAGAGAAGUCUUGUUCACUGGGAAGGUGCAUGAGAAAAUUGUUUGCUUGGUAUGUUGGGAUUAUGAUGGUGAUCAUAUUGUUUCUGUAAGUGAAGAUAGAGUACAAGUUUGGUCAUUAUCUAAAGGACAAUGCAUGUAUCAACUUGAUUCUAAUGGAGACCAUUACCAAUCUUGUACUAUUCAUCCUUUUUAUAGACACACUUGGAUAAUUGGUGGUAAUAAGAACCUGAAACUAUGGAAUCAAAAAGCAGGCCCAAAGGUAUUGAAAGUUGUAGCUCAUGGUGGAGAUGUUACAGCUCUAGCUGAAUCAUUGGAAACUAAUAUGAUUGCUUCAGCUAGUGAUGAUCAAUGUGUCAAGUUGUGGCAAGAAAAAGACAUUAAUUAUUAA